UGUUGUAAGAGGAACUAGGGCUGGGAGUCUGGUGAAGGAGAAGGAGCAGGGCCAUGCCUGAACCACCCCCCGGAGCCCUCUGAGCCUGCACCCCUCCCACGACCCAUUCAGGCACCCCCAGAAAUCCAGAUACCACCCCCACCAUGGGCAGCAAGGAGCGCUUCCAUUGGCAGAGCCACAAUGUGAAACAGAGCGGUGUGGACGACAUGGUGCUGCUGCCUCAGAUCACCGAGGACUCCAUCGUGGGCAACCUCCGAAAGCGCUUCAUGGAUGACUACAUCUUUACCUACAUUGGCUCCGUGCUCAUCUCUGUAAAUCCCUUCAAGCAGAUGCCCUACUUCACGGACCGUGAGAUCGAGCUCUACCAGGGAGCGGCCCAGUACGAGAAUCCCCCGCACAUCUAUGCCCUCACCGACAACAUGUACCGGAAUAUGCUCAUCGACUGUGAGAACCAGUGUGUCAUCAUCAGUGGAGAAAGUGGAGCCGGGAAGACGGUCGCCGCCAAAUACAUCAUGGGCUACAUCUCCAAGGUGUCUGGUGGGGGCGAGAAGGUCCAGCACGUGAAGGACAUCAUCCUGCAAUCAAACCCGCUGCUCGAGGCCUUCGGCAACGCCAAGACCGUGCGCAACAACAAUUCCAGUCGUUUCGGCAAGUAUUUUGAGAUCCAGUUCAGCCGUGGUGGAGAGCCUGAUGGGGGCAAGAUCUCCAACUUCCUGCUGGAGAAAUCCCGCGUGGUCAUGCAGAAUGAAAAUGAGAGGAACUUCCACAUCUACUAUCAGCUGCUGGAAGGGGCCUCCCAGGAGCAGCGGCAGAACCUGGGCCUCAUGACGCCCGACUAUUAUUACUACCUCAACCAAUCAGACACCUACAAGGUGGAUGGCACUGAUGACAGAAGUGACUUCAGUGAGACUCUGAGUGCCAUGCAGGUCAUCGGGAUUCCACCCAGUGCCCAGCAGCUGGUCCUGCAGCUCGUAGCCGGUAUCCUGCACUUGGGGAACAUCAGCUUUCGUGAAGAUGGGAACUAUGCCCAGGUGGAGAGUGUGGACCUCCUGGCCUUUCCUGCCUACCUGCUGGGCAUUGACAGUGGGAGGCUACAGGAGAAGCUGACCAGCCGCAAGAUGGACAGCCGCUGGGGCGGGCGCAGCGAGUCCAUCAACGUGACCCUGAACGUGGAGCAGGCAACUUACACUCGAGACGCCCUGGCCAAGGGGCUCUACGCCCGUCUCUUUGACUUCCUCGUGGAGGCCAUAAACCGCGCUAUGCAGAAGCCCCAGGAAGAGUACAGCAUUGGUGUGCUUGACAUCUACGGCUUCGAGAUCUUCCAGAAAAACGGCUUUGAGCAAUUCUGCAUCAACUUUGUCAAUGAGAAGCUCCAGCAGAUCUUUAUUGAACUCACUCUGAAGGCGGAGCAGGAGGAGUAUGUCCAGGAGGGCAUCCACUGGACCCCCAUCCAGUAUUUCAACAACAAAAUCGUCUGCGACCUCAUUGAAAACAAGCUGAGCCCCCCAGGCAUCAUGAGUGUCCUAGAUGACGUGUGUGCCACCAUGCACGCCACAGGCGAUGGCGCCGACCAGACGCUGCUGCAGAAGCUACAGGCGGCCGUGGGCACCCACGAGCACUUCAACAGCUGGAGCGCUGGCUUCGUCAUCCACCACUAUGCUGGCAAGGUCUCCUAUGAUGUCCACGGCUUUUGUGAGAGGAACCGAGAUGUUCUCUUCACUGACCUCAUAGAGCUGAUGCAGACCAGUGAGCAAGCCUUCCUCCGGAUGCUCUUCCCUGAAAAGCUGGAUGUGGACAAGAAGGGCCGCCCCAGCACUGCUGGCUCCAAGAUCAAGAAACAAGCCAAUGACCUGGUGGCCACGCUGAAGAAGUGUACACCCCACUAUAUCCGCUGCAUCAAACCCAACGAAACCAAGAGGCCCCGUGACUGGGAAGAGAGCAGGGUCAAGCACCAGGUGGAGUACCUGGGCCUGAAGGAGAACAUCAGGGUACGCCGGGCAGGCUUUGCCUACCGCCGCCAGUUCGCCAAGUUCCUGCAAAGGUAUGCCAUUCUGACCCCCCAGACAUGGCCACAGUGGCGUGGGGAUGAGCGUCAGGGGGUCCAGCACCUGCUGCGGGCUGUCAACAUGGAUCAGGACCAGUACCAGAUGGGCAGCACCAAGGUCUUCAUCAAGAACCCUGAGUCACUCUUCCUUCUCGAGGAGAUGCGAGAGCGCAAGUUUGAUGGCUUUGCCCGCACCAUCCAGAAGGCCUGGCGGCGCCAUGUGGCAAUCCGGAAGUAUGAAGACAUGCGAGAGGAAGCUUCCAACAUCCUGCUGAACAAGAAGGAGCGGAGACGAAAUAGCAUCAAUAGGAACUUUGUUGGGGACUACCUGGGACUAGAGGAGCGGCCAGAGCUGCGUCAGUUCCUAGGCAAGAGGGAGCGAGUGGACUUUGCAGAUUCAGUCACCAAAUAUGACCGCCGCUUCAAGCCCAUCAAGAGGGACUUGAUCCUGACACCCAGAUGUGUAUAUGUGAUCGGGCGGGAGAAGGUGAAGAAGGGACCUGAGAAGGGCCAGGUGCGUGAGGUCCUGAAGAAGAAGCUGGAGAUCCAAGCCCUGCGGGGAGUUUCCCUCAGCACGCGACAGGACGACUUCUUCAUCCUCCAAGAAGAAGCUGCCGACAGCUUCCUGGAAAGCAUCUUCAAGACCGAGUUUGUCAGCCUCCUGUGCAAGCGCUUCGAGGAGGCAGCGCGGAGGCCCCUGCCUCUCACAUUCGGCGACACACUACAGUUCCGGGUGAAGAAGGAGGGCUGGGGCGGAGGUGGCACCCGCAGCGUCACUUUCUCACGUGGCUCCGGCGACAUGGCGGUGCUCAAGGCUAGCGGCCGUGCCCUCACUGUCAGCGUGGGUGACGGGCUGCCCAAAAGCUCUAAGCCUACCCGGAAAGGAGUGGCCCAAGGAAAACCUCGAAGGUCGUCCCAGGCCCCUUCCCGGGCAGCCCCUGGGCCCCCCAGGGGUCUGCACCACAAUGGGGUGCCUCCCUCUGCCAGAGGGGGCCCUCUGCCUCUGGAGAUCACAUCUGGAGGGAGCUCUCAGCGGCCCCCCCAAGGACCUCCAUCUUCAGCCCUGAGGGCAAGCAGACGACCCCGGGCACGGCCCCCCUCAGAGCACAACACAGAAUUCCUCAAUGUGCCUGAUCAGGGUGUGGCCGGCAUGCAGAGGAAGCGCAGUGUGGGGCAGCGGCCGGUGCCUGGUGUCGGCCGACCCAAGCCCCAGCCAAGAAUGCAUGGCCCGAGGUGCCGGGCACUGUACCAGUAUGUGGGCCAAGAUGUGGAUGAGCUGAGCUUCAACGUGAAUGAAGUCAUUGAGAUCCUCAUGGAAGAUUCCUCUGGCUGGUGGAAAGGCCGACUGCAUGGCCAGGAGGGCCUCUUCCCUGGAAACUAUGUGGAGAAGAUCUGAGCCAUCGGCCCAGGAUACUGUUCUUCUGCCUGCCAGGGAGCCAGACCCUGCUGGCAGGGAUCUCAUUUCCCUUAACUGCAUUACCCAGCAGGUCUAGUACUGUGGCCUCCAGCCUAGCCCAGGCCCUGAGUGAGUCUAAGGGUCACCUCUGCAGCCACCCCUGGGCCCUGGCCUCCCAUGUCACACCCAUUUCCUCCUGUGUCACACAGGGCUAAUAGCAGAGCCUACCUCCCAGCUGCCUUAUAUGAAAUGAGUCAUGUCUUCUCAGCAUGGGGCAAAGUGAGGAGGCCUUGACAAGCGUGACCUCCCUCCUGCUCCCUUCACUGAGGCAAUAAAUGUUUGUUUAGUAGAAGUA